AUGGCCGAUCAAAGUUCUGCCUCGGUUUCCUCCGAGGCAAUCCCAGUUCAAGAUGAGAAAAGAGUCUGGUAUCGCUCUACGCUGUUCAAUGCGUUUAUCAUUGGAGGCGUGGGCUUCAUGGCCCCAGGCUUGUGGAACGCCAUGAAUUCCCUGGGUGCAGGAGGCGCACAAUCACCGUUUUUGAUUAAUGCAGCGAACGCGCUGGUGUUUGGUCUUAUGGGCUUUUUGUGUCUUUUCGGUGGUCCGAUUGCCAAUCGUAUUGGUCUUAACUGGACUUUGAUGCUUGGUGCUGUGGGAUAUCCGAUUUACUCAGCUGCCUUAUAUACCAACAACCGCUAUGGCAACGUGUGGUUUGUUCUUGUUGGAUCCGUAGCCUGUGGCAUUUCUGCUGGUCUGUUCUGGGCUUCCGAGGGUGCUGUCGCACUAGGAUAUCCCGAACCCACCAAAAGAGGUAGAUACAUGAAUAUCUGGUUGUGGUUCCGCACAGGAGGCCCCUUGUUGGGCGGUGCUAUCGUCCUUGGAUUGAAUCAUUCCGGGGAUGCCCACAGUAAGGGAAAAGUUGGAUACGAAACAUACCUCAUCUUUGUCGCUCUUCAGUGUCUCUCAGUUCCUCUGGCUGUCUUUCUUUCGCCGCCUGAGAAGGUCCAACGUACGGACGGAAGCAAGGUCAAGAUUGUUAUCCAAGGAUCAUGGCGUGCUGAAAUGGUCGAGCUUUGGAAGGUUUGCAAGAGAAAGGAGAUCCUUCUACUUCUUCCUGCCUUCUGGGCCGCGUACUUCAACCAAUACGUCGGAAACUUCGAAACCUAUUACUUUGGCGUUCGAGCUCGUGCCCUGAUCGGAUUCGUUGGCAACUUCUCCAACCUGAUUUCUUCGGCAAUAAUCAGCAGAUUCUUGGACUAUAGCGGUAUCUCAAUCAAGAACAGGAUCAAGUAUAGUUUCUUCUAUGUGAUUGUUGUUCACGUCAUCGCUUGGGUCUACUGCUGGGUCAUUCAAGAGAAGUACACCAAGAACCCUCCUAUGCUGGACUGGGCCGACAAAGGCUUUGUUGAGGGCUUCUUCGUUAUCAUGCUUUGGAAUUUCUCCCAGCAGGCCGCGCAGAACUUCCUCUACUAUCUUCUUUCUACUAUGACAGACAACAUUUCCGAGCUUUCUCGAUUCUCCGGUGUUCUUCGCGGACAAGAGAGUUUCUCGCAAGCUGUUUCCUUCGGCAUCAACACUCGGGAAUGGCAUGGUGGUAGAGUUCCACUUGCUGUCAACACUAUUCUCCUCGGUCUCGCCGUUUGGCCUACUUGGUUGGUCGUUCGGGAUCAUAAGCCCAUUGAGCAUGACAAGGAGGCUGCUCAGCUGCCUCACAGCAAGGAUGAAGAGCAAAGCAUCAACUUGACUGAUAAGAAAACGUAUGUUGUGAGUGAGUCUAUUGCAACAAAAUAA